ACGCACACACGGAGCAUCCUCCCGGCAGGUCUCCGGUGCAGCCCCGCCCGCGCCUCCGGCUGCCCGCAGACCUCCUUCUCCCCGCACCGCCGCGCCCCCCAUCCCAGACCUUCCUCCGCCCGCCCCUCCCUCCGGCUCCCGGACCCUUCCCGCCGACCUCCCACCCCCACCUCCGGGAUGGAGCGGCUUGAGCCAGCUCGGAGCCCCCCGCGGCCGGGGUGAAGAGCCAGUCUUGAGACCCCCCUCCGCCACCGGGCUCGCGCCUCGAGCACCAUGGGCCGGAGGGGUUCCCGGGGCGUCGCACGCUAAAGAUGACCGAUGCUGCAGUUCUCUCGAGCCAUGGCUUCUUCAAAGCUCCGAGAAUCUGCAGAUGAAGUUUUUGACCUGGACCUGGCUGUGCCUGAGACCGCCAGGCUGGACAGCAGCUUACACAAGGCCCGGGCCCAACUGCUGGCCAAGGGCCGGAGGCAUCGGCCAUCCCGCUCGAGGCUUCGCGACAGUGCCAGCUCUGCUGAGGAUGGUGAAGGCUCCGAUGGGCCAGGAGGCAAGGUGACGGACGGCUGCGGGAGCCCCUUGCACCGGCUGCGCUCGCCUCUACACUCUGGCCCGGGGUCCCCGGCAGGGGGCUCUUUCUGUCUGGAGCCUCCGGGGCUGCGGCGCAGCCUGGACGAGGACGAGCCGCCCCCCUCUCCGCUUACACGCUACCGGCCCCUGCACAACGCCGCCUCGCACGAGGGUCUGGCCGCCGCCUCCUGCUCGCCACCGCGCUCGGCGCCCUCCUCCGACAGCUCGCCCAGCUUCGUGCGCCGCUACCUUCGCGCGGAGCCGCACAGCGAAGAUGACAGCCGGGAUGCCAGCCCUCCUGAGCCGGCGAGCCCGACGAUCGGGCUGGACAAGAAGACUCGCCGGAAGUUCCUGGACCUGGGGGUCACCUUACGCCGGGCAUCCACUGGCAAGAGCCGGAAAGAUAAGGGGAGCAACCGCCUGUCCAUGGGCAGCAGGGAGUCGGUGGAAGGGUCUGGCAGGUCAGGGGGCUCGCCGUUCCUGCCCUUUUCCUGGUUCACAGACAGUGGCAAGGGCUCAGCAUCCUCCGGCAGCACCACCUCCCCCACCUGCUCCCCUAAGCACGAGGGCUUCAGCCCUAAGAAAUCAGCUUCCCAGGAAUCUACCUUGAGUGAUGACUCCACGCCCCCGAGCAGCAGCCCCAAGAUCCCAAGUGGUCCCCGGCAGGAGGCCAAGUGUUCCUACCCCUACCACACACUAUCCCAGUCUUCAGAUGAGUUCCUGGAUGAACCCCUACCUACUGUCCACCACUGGACCAGUCAGCAGGUGGGCCAGUGGCUGCACAGCCUCAACCUGGAGCAGUAUGCCGCCGAGUUCGCUGCCCGGCAGGUGGACGGGCCACAGCUGCUGCAGCUAGAUGGCAGCCGACUGAAGAGCCUGGGGCUCAGCAACUCGCACGACCGGGCGCUGGUGAAGCGGAAGCUGAAGGAGCUGGUGGCGGCUGCAGAGAAGGAGCGCAAGGCGCAGGAGAAGGCAGCUAGGCAGCGGGAGAAGCUGCGGCGCCGGGAGCAGGAGGCCAAGCGGAGCUAGGGGAGGGGCAGGGGCACUGCGGUGCCUCUCCAGGGGAACCUGGACCUGGCUCCACAUCCUCUAGCCCCGCAUCACUGGGUCUGGGACCAGAGGCCUCAGCAACAGAGAUCCUCUGGGAGUGGGCCCUGUAAUAAACCCUAUUUCAAGGACUUUUGGGGCACCAAGUUCCUGGGGAGAUGGGUGGCAGGUGUAGUGAAGGGGCAGUAAGGCAGGGCUGCAGCAAGUAUGGGAGUGGGGAGGAGCCAACGGUGGCCUGCCCCUCUGUCCUUGGGGCUGGGUAGGGCUAUAGUGGCUGCUGGCCACAGCCCUGAGAGGAACCCUAGGAGGGCCCAGUGUUGAGAGCUGGGCUAGGCAUCUAUGUGGGUGGGCAGUGGUAGACAGCACUACUCCUUGCUUGCUCUCAGCAUUGCCUAAGCUGUGUGCCACUCCCCAGGGAGGCUGGUGGGCAAGUGCAGCAAGCUACACUCAGGGUAGACUCCUGGUCCCAGCCCUAGCCGAGGACCUGAAAAGCAGCAGGGUCAGGUGCUCUGCAGGGAAUGAAGGAGACAGGAGGUGAUGACCCCUAUUCUUUCCCUUCCUGUCCUGGAGCCAUGCGGCUCUGCCCCUCCUGGAGCUUGCACAGGCCACCUAAGCCCUCUGGGGGAUGAUGGGGAUGGACAACUAACCCUUUUCCCACCCCACAGU